AUGACUGCCGGCCCUCCUUCCGACCUCGAUUUCGGGAAGAGGAGCCUCAAGAGGCCCUGCUCCUUCACCAUCGAGAACAUCCUCUCCAGCUCAGCGGAGAGAAGACCACAGGUCCUUCUGCCCUUCUGCUUCCGAGGGAUCUUGGACGGUGAGCCCAAAGGCCUGUGUUCCUUGGGGAGCAUCUCCGCUGGCUCUCUGCAUGAGGAGGAGGAGGUGGAAGAGGUGGAGGUGGGCGUCGGGCAGUGCGGCCCCUGUUGCUGCCCUCACAGUGCUGCUCAUUCGUGGCAGGAGGCUGCAAGCUGGCUCGACACCAGGUUUCCCUGGCCCAUGCGGCUCUUCCAUCCCAUAGGCAGGCCCUGCAAGACCACGCGGGGCAGCCAGAGCGAGCUGCAGACCUUCCACCAAAUCCAGCGACGGACCCGCCGGCACCGCACCAUUUUCACGGAGGAUCAGCUGCAAGCCCUGGAGGCCCUCUUCCACCAGAACCAAUAUCCCGACGUCAUUACCAGAGAGCACCUGGCCAGCCGCAUCCACCUGAAGGAAGAGAGAGUAGAGGUUUGGUUUAAAAAUCGUCGUGCCAAGUGGCGGCACCAGAAGAGGGCUUCUGCACUUCUCCUUCAAGGCCCAAAGAAGACUUCCGAAGGAAACGGCUCAUGA